AUGAUUGAUUCGCCUUUAGCUUCUAAUACCGCAUCGUCCGUCGCGCGGGUUAACAAGGGACGCGAUCUGGAUUUAGGCAGAGGGUCCAGACCGAUUAAUGUGUUACAGUCUCCACCCAAAACUAAACGAACUAUGCCUUUGAGAAUAUUGCAAUGUAAUAUCAAUGGGCUCUGUACUAGCGCUACUAGAGCUAAACUUGACCACCUUUUGAAACUAGCAGAUCAACACAGAGUACAAAUUAUUGCUCUGCAAGAAACUAAAUACAAGACUGCCUUUAAGUUGAAACUAAAGGGAUUCAAUAUUUUUCGUAAAGAUAGAUUGAAUAGAGGAGGUGGUGGCUUGGCCCUUCUAAUACGUAAGGCAAACUUCCAGGUCAUCAAUAUCGGUCAACUCCAUAAUGACUGUGAUCUUGAAAUACAGGGUAUUUCUCUGAAUUGGAAUGGAGAACCAAUAAAGAUUUUCAACACCUACUUACCUCCAAACGGGCGAGGAUUGUGCGAUGGCCUAUCUCUCGUCACUGACGAACAGACAUUUAUUUUAGGAGAAGACCUUAAUGCCAAACAUACUUCUUGGGGUUGUUCUACAAGUAACCAGAUUGGUGUUGAUCUUUCAAAUUUUAUCGACGAUAAAGCAUUCAUGUGUAUAAAUGAUGGUUCUCCAACUCAUAGUUCAUAUAGCUAUGCAACAAACGAGGCUUUAGAUGUUUCUUUUGUUAGUGCCGAUCUGUUUCCCAAAUGCAAAUGGGAAGUAUUAGAGAAUAUAGGAAGUGAUCAUCUACCUAUUUUAAUUGAAUUAAAUCAGUCAUCAGAUGCAAAAGUAGUUGAGAGAAAGUAUUGGAAUUUCAAAAAGGCGAACUGGGACCUCUAUGGUACUAAAAUUGCGCAGGCUUUUGAACAGGUAACUCCUUGCACUGAGUUGGAGGGGCAAUGGUCUUUCUUCCGAGAAACCAUCAUUAGUGCAGCCAAAGCUGCAAUUCCUAGAGGAAACAUUAAGGAUCACCAUCGAAACUUUGCGGAUGACCUUUCUGUGGUGGAGCCUCUUAUUCUCAAGAGAAAUGAUCUUUCUAGGGAACUCUUUGAACACAACAAUAUAUCUGUCAGAAUAGAGCUCAACAGAGUGAAUGCUGAAAUUAAACAGUUAUACGCUAGGGCAAGAAGAAAGAGAUGGACAGAACUUUGUGAGAACAUAGAUGUUGGGACCUCAAACACAAAGUUAUGGAAAUUGGCUAAAGCUAUUGAUAGAGAACAACCACAAUACGAGAAAUCGAAUUGUAUCGACUCAAAAGACACCUCUCUACCUUUAAAUGACCGGGAUUCGGCGGAUACUCUUGGCAGGCAUUAUUGUCAUGCUAACGAUCUUGAGUUUGUGCAGGACGAUAAAUUUAUUGCAGUCCAGGCUAGGAAAACAGCGCAUCGCUGCCGCCAGGUUAAAUAA